CCGUUCUGACCGUAUGCACCGAGUGGCGAGUAGUCUUGUAAAGCAGGAGACUAGUUAAAAAUAGAAAAACGGGAGAAAGAAACCCUAGAUUUGUAGCAAAAGAAAGAGACACAAGGGGAUGUCGGAUUACGAAGGCGAAGGAGACGAAAUGAAUAACAACAACAAUGGAUCUCCUCUACUAACUAAAAUCAACAACAACGGUGCUGCGCUCGAUAGCGAUUCAAAAUCUCAGCGCGGUUCGGAGAGGGAGAUUUCGAGGAGCAGGGAUAAGGAGAGGGAGAGAGGAAGUGGUCGGGACAGGGAUAGGGAUCGGGAAAGGGAGAAGGAGAGCAGCAGGGACAGGGACCGGGAUAGGGAUAGGGAAAGGAGCAGGGACAAGGGAAGAGAUCGAGAUAGGGAUAGGGAUAGGGAUCGUCAUAGGGAACGAGACCGUUACAGGGAGAGGGAACGGUCUGAUAGAACAGAUAGGGGAAGAGGUAGGGGCGACGAGGAUGGCUCCAGAAACUCGCGUGAUGACAGGAAAAGAGACUAUGAUAGGGAUAGUUACAGGGAAGAGAGGAGCAGAAAUAAGUCUGAAUCUCGAGGUAGGGACAGAUCAGAGCACAGAUCGAAAUCUGGAUCUCCGAAAUCGCGUUCUCGUUCACGCUCGAAAAGCAAAAGAGUUAGUGGAUUUGAUAUGGCACCCCCUGCUUCUGAAAUGUUAGCUGGACCUGGAGCUGGUGCUACCGAAAAUGCAUGGUCUAGUUUGGGUCAGAUUCCUGGAACCACUCCCACAAUUCCUGGAAUGUUCCCAAACAUGUUUUCGUUAUCAACCGGACAGUUCGGAGGUCUUCCUGUUAUGCCAGUUCAGGCAAUGACUCAGCAGGCUACUAGGCAUGCUCGGCGGGUUUAUGUUGGUGGACUUCCUCCAUCUGCUAAUGAACAGUCGGUAGCAACCUUUUUCAGUCAUGUUAUGUCUGCAAUUGCUGGAAAUACUGCCGGUCCAGGGGAUGCUGUUGUUAAUGUUUACAUAAACCAUGAAAAGAAGUUUGCUUUUGUGGAGAUGAGAUCUGUCGAGGAGGCCAGUAAUGCAAUGGCCUUAGAUGGCAUCAUCUUUGAGGGAGCCCCAGUAAAGGUUAGGAGACCAAGUGAUUAUAAUCCAUCUUUGGCUGCUACUCUUGGUCCAAGCCAGCCUAAUCCUAACUUAAAUCUUGGUGCUGUCGGAUUAAUGCCUGGUUCUGCUGGUGGUCUCGAGGGGCCUGACCGAAUAUUUGUGGGCGGUGUACCUUACUAUUUCACAGAAGUCCAAAUUAGGGAGCUUCUAGAAUCUUUCGGACCUCUUCGUGGUUUUGAUUUAGUGAAGGACAGAGAAACUGGAAACUCGAAAGGAUAUGCUUUCUGUGUCUAUCAGGACCUUUCUGUUACAGAUAUUGCUUGUGCGGCACUUAAUGGGAUCAAAAUGGGUGAUAAAACACUCACAGUUAGGCGUGCUAACCAGGGUACAACUCAACCAAAGCCUGAGCAAGAGAGUGUCUUGCUGCAUGCUCAGCAACAAAUAGCUUUGCAGAGGCUCAUGUUGCAACAACCUCCUGCACCCAUCGGUAUUGCCAGCAAGGUUUUGUGCUUGACCCAGGUGGUUACAGAAGAUGAACUGAAAGACGAUGAAGACUAUGAAGACAUUCUGGCUGACAUGAAAACUGAAUGUGGCAAAUUUGGUAAUUUAGUGAAUGUGGUUAUCCCACGCCCGAAUCCCAAUGGCGAAGCAUCAGCAGGAGUGGGCAAGGUAUUCCUGGAAUAUGUCGAUACUGAAAGUGCAUCAAAAGCUCGAGCAGGGUUACAUGGAAGAAAGUUUGGUGGUAAUCAAGUUGUUGCUGUUUUUUACCAGGAGGAUAAAUACCUCCAACAAGACUAUGAGGAUUAGUUCUAUGUUAGUUCUGUGCCUCUAGCUUUGCCAGAUUAUUUGACUCAUUUUCUGGAUAUUUAGUAUAAUUAGUUGAUAGAAUAUUUCUGUUGGGACUGAAUGAAACAUGUCUAAGACUAUUGCAAAGAUUUUAACUUUAUGCACCAA